UUACAUAUUUAGUCUAUAGUUGAACUGAAUUCUCACUGAAACUAAGUUAUUUUAGUUUCUGCAAGAUUUAUUACUUUCAAAAUCACUUAGAUAUCUGAUCAUCUAGUGAAAGUCAUGGCGACCAACGGCUUCACUGAUCACCACGAUGAGUAUCAGUAUCUUAAGCUCGUUAAGCAAAUUAUAGACACAGGCGACAAAAGAGUCGACAGAACUGGCGUCGGCACUUUGUCCAUUUUUGGGGCAAUGCAAAGAUAUUCACUUAGAAACAAUACUUUGCCCCUUUUGACCACGAAGCGAGUUUUUACUAGAGGAGUUCUGGAAGAACUGCUAUGGAUGAUCUCUGGGUCAACUGAUGCCAAGGUCUUAGCCUCUAAAGGUGUCCAUAUUUGGGAUGCUAAUGGCUCAAGAGCUUUUCUAGAUAAUCUGGGCUUUACAGAUAGAGAAGAAGGAGACCUAGGUCCAGUGUAUGGAUUUCAAUGGAGACACAGUGGUGCUCAAUAUAUUGAUGCUAAAACUGAUUACAGUGGGCAAGGAAUUGACCAGCUCCAAAACAUUAUUGACAGUAUAAAGAAAAAUCCUGCAGACAGAAGGAUGCUGAUGUGUGCUUGGAAUCCUUCAGAUUUGGGUAAAAUGGCCCUCCCGCCGUGCCACUGCUUGGCCCAGUUCCAUGUAGCCAGUGGCAGGCUGUCCUGUCUCUUGUACCAAAGGAGUGCCGACAUGGGCCUUGGAGUGCCCUUCAACAUUGCCAGCUAUGCCUUCUUGACCCAUAUGAUUGCUCACAUUACAGGUCUUGAGGCUGGAGAAUUUGUGCACACAACUGGUGACACUCAUGUUUACCUGAAUCACAUUGAGCCUCUCAAAGUACAACUGGAAAGGCAACCCAAACCAUUCCCAACUUUAGAGUUUGCACGCAAAGUAGAUUCCAUCAAUGACUUUAAAUAUGAAGAUUUCAUCAUUAAAGGUUACAGUCCACAUCCGAAGAUUGAUAUGCAGAUGGCAGUUUAAGCAGUAAUUUUUGGGUAUGAUAUUAAAAAUACUAGAUAUGACCAUAAGUAUUAUUAAAAAUGUAAGU